AUGGCAAGGGUGUUAGGAAGGCAGGAUUGCAUAGAUAAGUUCUGGAAAGUGGUGAAUGAGAUGAGGGAUGCAGGGUAUGAAAUGGAAGGGAAAACUUACAUAGAGACAUCGGUUAGGUUCAUUAAGAUGAAGAUGAUCAAGGAUGCUGUCAAUUUGUAUGAGUUUGCAAUGGAUGGAGCGAAUAAGCCUUCGAUGCAUGAUUCUACCUUUCUUCUCAAGAAAAUAGUGGUUUCCAAGGAGCUAGAUAUGGAGUUGUUUGGAAAUGUCGUAAAGAAGUAUGCAGAUGGUGGAAGUGUCUUUGCCAAUUCAAGCUUGAGUGCAGUUCUUAAGUCCUUAGCCAGUGUGGGUAGAUACCAUGAAUGCAAUAAGGUCUUGAAAACGAUGAAAAGUGGAGGAGACUUCUUACCUGGUGAGAAUUUGCAGACUAAGAUUGCCUUUAAGCUUAGCAGUAAGAAAAAGAAAGAGGAGGCAGGUGAGUUCCUUGUCCACAUGGAAGCCUCUGGUGGUGAGACUAAUCACAGAACAUGGGCUUCUUUGGUUAGGGGGUAUUGUAUUGCUGGAGAUCUGGAGGAAGCUUCUAGAAGUUUCCGUGAGUCCAUAGAAAAGGAAGGCAUCAGUGGUGCUGGGUAUUCCUUGGAUUUAUUGGUUAAUGAAUAUUGUUUUAGGAAGAGGAGUGCCAUUGAUGGGUUCAAGCUCUUAUCCAAUUCGGUCAAGCAAAAUGGAGUGAAACCUUGGCAUUCCACUUACAAGUUGUUGACAGAAGAGCUAUUAGCCCGGAGAAAUUUUAACGAGGCUGUGCAUCUUCUAGGAUUGAUGAAAAAUGAUGGUUUCCCACCUUUCUUGGAUCCCUUCAUAAAGUAUGUGACAAAGAAGGGUACAACUGAUGAAGCAUUGAUGUUUUUGAAGGGAAUGACAGUACAUAAGUUUCCUUCUAUUUCCGUGGUUCUUCGUGUCUUUGAAACGUACAUGGAGAAGGGAAAACACAGUGAAGCACAGGAUCUACUGUCAAAAUGUCCUAGCUUCAUUCGAAACCAUGCUGAUGUUCUAGAUCUUUUCCACUCAAUGAAGCCUAAAACUUCUUCUUCUGUUGCAUCUGUAACUUGCUAA